CGUUACAUAUGUUAGAUAUUUCGAUAAAUAUGUCGUGAGGCAAAAUUUUGAUUUUUUUUUAUUUCUUUUUAGUUUAUACAAAGGUUUAAAUUUCUAAACAACAAAACAUCAUCCACGAUCUAAAUCCUUUAAUUAUACAAUUCUAAAUUUAAUUCAAUUUCGAACUGUUUGGCCCGGUUUUCCACCGUUUCUUCCAUCGUGAACUUACUUUUCGCCAAGUCGUCCUGUGCCAUUUGUUCAAUAAUCGCUUGAAAUGAAAGACUUCACUCCUUGGGUUUUCGUCCUUCCGAGCGGCGGCGUCGUUUCAGCAAGCAUCUGACGAACCGAAUUUGAGCACUUGCUGAAAACUUCACGAGCUGCCGAAGGCGAUAUCACGUCGACUGAACGUCAAAUGAAAAAAACAGAAACUUCAUGCUAAAAAGCCCAAAAUGUCAUUCAGUACCACAGAGGUGGAUGAUCCAACACUUACACAGCAAUCUUCAGCUCUUAGCUUAGAUGACCAUAUCAUAUACACCUGGCUGGGUGUCACCGUUACAUGCAACGUGUCCAACAGCCACAAACUUUCCUGCAAGCUGAAAGGGAAACCAGUCGUGAAAAAAACUCUUUUGCGCGAUGUGUAUGGCGAGGCGAGACCGGGCGAGCUACUGGCCAUCAUGGGCUCGAGCGGAGCAGGAAAAACGACACUGCUCAAUUGUCUCACAUUUCGGAGUGACAGGAAACUCGAUGUUUCUGGAUUCAUGAUGAUUAACGGGCUGCCAGUGACUAGCAGAAGUCUGACUUCCAUUUGUGGCUACGUGCAGCAAGUAGACCUAUUUAUUGGCACACUCACCGUCAAAGAAAGCUUGAUCUUUCAUGCCAUGCUGAGGAUGGAAAAAGGUAUGCCUUUUGAAAAAAGAGUUGCCAGGACGGAAGAAGUUAUGAGAGAGCUAAAUUUGAAAAAGUGUGAAAACACGGUCGUCGGCAUACCCGGAAAGCUCAAAGGCAUAUCAGGAGGAGAGAUGAAACGGUUAGCUUUCGCCGCAGAGAUGCUAACGGAUCCACCGAUACUCUUCUGCGACGAGCCCACCUCCGGGUUGGACUCCUUCAUGGCCCAGAACGUCGUCUCGGUGAUGAAAGAAAUGGCGAGAAAAGGCAAAACCGUCAUCAGCACCAUCCACCAGCCUUCGUCACAAGUGUACGGCAUGUUCGACAAAGUCCUGUUCAUGGCCGAGGGAAAGGUCGCAUACCUAGGCAGCCAAGCUCUUGCCGGAACGUUUUUCAAAAAUUUCGGCGCAAUGUGUCCCAGCCAUCACAACCCUGCCGAUUAUUAUGUCAACCUGCUUGCUGUUGCCCCUGGCAAAGAAGAACAAUGCAGACGUAAAAUAAGCACGAUCUGCGAAGCGUUUAGCAACAGCCAAGUUGCAAUGGAGUUGAGGGAUAUCGGGAAAAGAGACAAGAUGUACAAUGAAGCGUAUCAGGUAAUGAAGAAAAUAUCCAAGUACAGGGCCAAAUGGUACAGUCAGUUCGUAGCAGUGUUUUGGCGAUCUUGGAUAAGCGUGCUCAAAGAUCCAACUGCGCUCAAAGCAAAACUAAUACAAACUAUAAUCGUGGCUUUGAUCGUCGGGCUUGUAUAUUUCCAGCAGAAUAUGGAUCAAGACGGCGUCAUGAAUAUCAACGGUGCUAUAUUCGUCUCCCUCGCAAACAUGACUUUUCAGAACAUGUUUGCCGUGAUACACGUAUUCUGUGGCGAGCUGCCGAUUUUUAUGAGAGAGCACACCAAUGGGAUGUACAGAACGGACGUCUACUUUAUAGCAAAAGUGCUGGCGGAAUUGCCGAUGUUCUUAACCCUUUCUACAAUGUACACCAUCAUCGUGUACUACAUGAUCGGUUUUAAUUCGCAGCUAGAGAGGAUGCUUGGGGCGGUAGUUGUCAUGGUACUUGUAGGAAACAUCUCUACAGCAUUGGGCUAUUUUAUAUCGUGUGCAUGUGCAAGCAUCAGUGUGGCUUUAUCAUUGGCUCCUCCAAUAGUAAUUCCGUUUUUGCUCUUUGGCGGUUUCUUCUUGAACACUGGAUCCAUCCCUAAUUAUCUUUCUUGGUUCCAAUACUUGUCAUGGUUUAAGUAUGGCAAUGAGGCCAUGAUGAUCAACCAGUGGAAAGGAGUGAAGAACAUCGCCUGUACCAAAGUGGGUACGACUUGCCCCAAAAAUGGAAUGGUUAUCUUAAAAACACUGAAUUUCGAUGAGAAGAAUUACUACUUCGACCUUUUGAUGCUUGUGGUUCUGAUGAUAGCUUUGCAAUUAGGGGCUUUCUUCAUGCUGUUCUUAAGAUCCAUUUUCAAACUUGUCUGAUGACAGAAGAAGAAGAAGAAGAAAGAUCCCCUUUUUUUAUUUUUCUAAUUAAAGUUGACUAUGCUGCUCAAACUAAAGGAAACAAAGGCGAAGUCAAUAAACUGCCAUCAGUUGUAACAAUGACACUAGUCCUUCAUGUCAAUCUAUUCUUGAAUGAUCAACUUAAUAAAUUUACAGCAGU